CUGUUUUUCCUUUUCUUGCUUAACGAUCAAGGGCUGAUUCUGUUCUUCUUCUCCUCCGUAGACGGGAAAAGUUGAAGCUGAAGAAUAAUGUCUAAGAAAGGUUCCCGAAUUAAAAGCUUAAAGGAGUUUGGUUCAAAGGUUCAUUGUGCAGAUCAUUUGUCUGACUCAGCAUCGAGCACUGAAACUUCACAUGAAGCCAAAAACGUUGGUGUGCAGGACAAUAAAUCUUCUUAUAACGAGUGUGAGCCUCUACAUAUACGUAACUCAGAACCAAAAAGAAAAAACGCUGAGGUUAAAACUCCAGGGACAUUGCCUUCCCGUUUUCCAGAGUUCCAUGCAAGUGAGCAAGGUCCAUGGUCUGCAAUGAUUUGCUAUGAAGCCUGCGUACGGCUAUGUCUUCAUUCGUUGGCAGAAGAUAGUGACAUCGAGGCUUCAUACUUCCUCAAAAACGAUUGCGUUUUACUCCGAAAUGCAUUUGGUUUGCAGAGUUUCUUGCUUCAAUCCGAAGAAGAACUACUUGGAGAUAGACCUUCUAAUUUGGUUACUGAUACAAAUCCUCAAAAAUCCAAAAAAAUUGUUGGAAAGAUUAAACUCCAAGUUGGUAAGAUCAAAAUGGAAUCAGAUCCACAACCUGGUUACGGUACUAUUCCAUCACUGAAGCAUGAAGUUAUUAGUCAGCAACUCGAGGAGCUGAAUGCUACUUUGUAUUCUGGAUGGAAAGCAGUGAAGAGAGUUCAUGUCGCUCCCCAAGUUACUCCAAAAGGUUCGAUUUCAAGUAAAAGUCUUGAGUAUAUGCGUGCAUGUGCUCACUACCUCAAAGAGGUCUCAAAAGUCCUCCGAAAAGAAUUUGUUACAUCUCACGGUAGACCAAGUUCUCUCGAAGCAUCACAAGAAAAGUUUUCAUGUUGUAUGAAGCUGAAGAGCUCUAUCGAGGAAGAUCAAGUUAAAACACAACCUGGAUCAGGAGAAACAUUUUUCUUCUUACCAGAUAGUAUCGGUGAUGAUUUGAUUGUUGAAGUUCGCGAUUCCAAGGGGAAGUUUUGUGGUCGUGUCUUAGCUCAACUAGCAGCUAUAGUUGAAGAACCGAGCGAGAAGCUUAAAUGGUGGGCAAUAUAUCAUGAACCAGAGCAUGAACGUAUUGGGAGAAUCCAACUUCAUAUAAACUACUUAAGCACCUUAGAUGAAAAAACUAAGUGUGGGUUGGUUGCAGAAACUUCAGCGUAUGACUUGGUCUUGGAAGUGGCUAUGAAAGCCGAACAGUUUCAGAGCCAAAACCUCGUGAUUAAAGGGCCAUGGCAUUGGAUGGUAACUCAGUUUGCCUCCCUUUACGGCAUUUCUGAUGCAUAUACAAAACUAAGAUAUCUUUCAUAUGUCAUGGAUGUUGCCUCGCCUACUAAGUACUGCAUUGAUCUGAUAUAUGAUUUUCUGUGCCCUGUUAUAAUGAAAGAGAACUAUAAAGCUACAUUGAGUCAUCAAGAGAAUCGAAUGCUUGCAGAGAUUGAUGAAAAAGUCCAGCAUAUUCUUGCUUUGAUAUUCGAGAAUUAUAAAUCUCUAGAUGAAUCUUGUUUCUCUGGAAUCAAACAUGUUUUUGAGCCUCCUACAGGCACUCCUGCACCCGCUAUAACAUCAGCUAUCAAGCUUUACGGUCUUCUCAACAACUUGUUAAGCCAAGAGGCACAACUAAGCCUUUGCAGAUACUUUCAGGCUGCUUUAAAGAAAAGAUCAAGAAUAUACUUCUUAGAAACAAAUGACACACUUGACAAAGGCAUUGAGGAUGUCACUUCUUAUCAAAAGUUGAAGUCUUUAGUUCUUAGACUUAAGAAGGAAAUCUCCACUGAUAUAGCCAUCCAUAAGAGCAAUGUGCUCCCAAGGUUUAUAGACCUCCCAGAUCUUUCAGCAGCAAUAUAUAGGACUGAUCUACUCAAAAUACUAAUCGAAUAUCUUAUCACUUGGCCUCCUCCUUCACCAUCUCCUCAAGUUGUAGACCUUGUCAUUACAACUGCCGACUUUGAAGCCGAUCUCACGCGUUGGAAACUAAACCCAAUCAAAGGUGGCUUUAAUGCAAGAGAGCUUUUCCAUUCAUAUAUUACUAGUUGGAUGGAAGAGAAAAGAAGUGCUCUAUAUGAGUUCUGCAAGUCAGAAACGGGAAAAGCAUGUAGUGAGAUUCAAGGCCUGACCUCACCUUUUGUCGAUGAUAUGUAUGAGUUACUCAAGGUGACACUCGAUGAAUAUAAUAUCAUCAUCAGGUGUUGGCCAGAAUAUGGAGUAUCCUUGGAGGAAGUUGUUGUGGAUACAGAGAGGGCAAUGGUUGAAGCGUUGGAGAGGCAGUUUUAUGAAAUUUUAAAUCCUUUAAAGGAUAGCAAGAUAUCUGCAUUGAAAUACGUUCAGAGCAGGGAUAAAGGCACAUACUCUGUUCCAAAAGAGCUUGGAGUCUUUCUAAAUUCAAUGAAAAGAGUGCUUGACAAGUUACGAUCGAAUAUAGAGGAACGUUUCGAGGAGUGGAACUCUUAUCUAUCUGAUAAAAAGAAGAGAGUUUUGGGAGAGAAGCUGAGAGAAGUGACUGUACUGUUAAAAGCCAAGUUCAGAAGCUAUACACAAGCGCUCGUGGAGAAGCUUGUUGAGAAUAUAAGUAUGCAAAGGCACAUGAAAAUGAAUCACAUCAUACACGACUUGAAGGAUACAACAACGGAACCAGAUGUUAGAAACAGAAUGCAGAGUUUGAAAGAUUUAGCGGACAAGACCAUGGAACAACUGCAUUGUGUUUUGUCGUUGGAUGUGUUUGUCUUAAUAUGCAAAGGAAUAUGGGAUGCAAUGGGACAGGACGUGAUUCGUCCUUUGACAGAUAAGAAAGAUAGCGUGACUUGGCACAAAGGCCUCACACUCGCAGUUUCUGUUUUAGAUGAGAUAUUUGAGGACAAGAUGCAAAGCUUGCUUGGUGACUCGGUAAAGGGAAUGGAUUUGGAGGCACCGAGAUCGAUAAUGGAGCUACGAUCUAUGAUCUCUGAAGAUAAGAAAGGAUACUAAUACUGAGAGAGAAACAG